AUGGGGGAAUUCGAGAUCGAAGUGUUUAUAGAGGCCGAGGAAGCCGGCUUCAGUCUCGUUAAAGAAUUCGACAUCGGUGAUGAGAUCAAUUGCGAUAACCGAAUGCACAUGCUUGACUCUUGCUCGCGCUUCGGUAAUGUCUUCGUCGGCAGAAAGUUUGGCUUCGAUCUAUUCAAGGUCACUGAGCUCGAGGCGAAGAAAGAGUCGCCAAAAGCGAUCGUGAAAGUUAACACGAAAGGGCAGCUUCAGUGGCUCGCUGUUUCUAGCUGUGGGUUGACACUGCUCGUGUCGACGAUCACUGACGGCAAAACGGAGAACAUCUUCUACGACGUGCGAUCAUUGAUGAAGGGAUCCAAUGGGUAUUUUGCGAAGCAAUCUCCUGCCACUUCCCCGUCCAAUGGCGCACUCUUGUCAGCGGCGUGGAAUCCCUCGAUCUCCGAGUUAAUCACCAUGGUCUACUCUUCCGGUGCUGUCGAAGUCCUCAAAGUGGAAGAUACAGUCUCCGUUCAUUCGUCUAGACCACCGAUGAAUGCUAAAUGCGUAGCUUGGUCUCCAAAAGGCAAACAAAUGGUGCUCGGCUUUGGUGACGGAACCUUGGCGCAAUUCACUCCUACUAUGGAAAUCAAGAAGAAAGUCAAUGCCUGCCCUUUGAUAAAUGGCAACGCAAAAGUGACUGAUAUUGUGUGGAUUUCGACUUACAAAUUCGGAGUCGCUUAUGCUGAUGACGCCAGCGACGCGGGUGCUAAUUUGUUUACUGUUCACUUGCCAGAGAAAGGAGAAAAACGCGAUCCGCUGUGGCGAUGCUUCGAAGAUCCCACAUUUGCCGCGGCGGCUAAACGAGAUUCGCAGAUGUAUCUGCCUCUUAUUGUUCCUUGGGGUAUGUUUGCGGUCACAAACUCUAACUCUGGAGAUUGCGCUCUGAUGGGAACGAAGAAUAGUGAGGUGCAGGUUUGGUCGCUUGCCGACGAAGCUAGAGCGGAGCUUCCUCUCAACGAAGACUCAGACGAGACAAGUUGCGUGAUUGGUGCAUGUUGGAACAUGAACUUCAAGGAUCCUCUGCAGAUUCUUUCGAAGCAACAAAAUGCUCCUUGUCUCUGGGUUCUCUCAAAUAGUGGAGUAUUGGUAGCUUUCCGUCUUUAUAACUUCCUGCCUAAUUUUCCUGAUCAAAAACAGCUUACUGACUCGAUCCCUGGCGGUGACAGAAAAACACUUGCAGUCGAGGAGGCAGUACCGCCAGCAAGAGUAUCUCUUCCUCUUCAGAGAACAUCAUCAGUUGCUCAGCCGAAUCUCGCAAAUAAAUCCGCCUUUGGAAAUAAUACCACACUCUUCGCGCCACCUUUAUCAUCGACUCCAGCGAUGGCUAAAAUUGAGCAGAAAACAAAGCCAAGUCCGCGAAGUUUUUCAAUCGUUAAGGAGCAGCCUUCGAGUGCAACUAUUUCUGAGACAACUUCAUCUUUUGGUAUCCCUAAACCCGCUUCAACAAGGCAAGCGGAACCAACAACAGCAUCUGUGGUUACCAAACCAUCUGUGAUGCCCACUCCAAAGGAGCCUUCGAGUGUGUUUACUCAAGAAGAUCUAGCUUCUCUUGUGAAUGAUUUUGAAAGGGAAAUGGAUCUUUACAAGCUCGAAAACGCCAAAACAGAUCUUUCUUUUUUCAACGAGGACGCGAAGAAAGAGCUCAAAACGAAAACAGACCAACUGAAAAAGUUUGCCUCCGUCGCCAAAAGUAAUUCUGAAGAAACUAUCGACGAAGUUCAACAUGUCAAACUUCGGUCAUUAGAGGGAUUUGCUUCUUAUGAGGCCGCGCACGAAGCGAGUAAAAGAGGACAUUCAAAGAAGAGAACAAGUAUUGCAAAUCUGUGUCACUAUGCCCGCUUCUUGCGAAGAAAGUGGAGUCUAUUCGCACAAUGA